GGUGCCGGUCCCGGUGCCGGCCACGCCAUGGCCUUCCCGCGGCCCCGGCCCCCCCGCCCCGAGCUGCCGCGGCGGCGGGUGCGGACACUGCAGUGCGGGCAGGGCGCGGUGCGGGCCGUGCGCUUCAACGUGGAUGGGAACUACUGCAUGACCUGUGGCAGCGACAAGUCCCUGAAGCUGUGGAACCCGCACAGGGGCACGGCGCUGCGCACCUACCAGGGGCACGGCUACGAGGUGCUGGAUGCUGCCGGCUCCUUCGACAACAGCCAGCUCUGCUCCUGCGGGGCCGACAAGACCGUGGCACUGUGGGACGUGGCCACCGGGCAAGUGGUCCGCAAGUACCGGGGCCACGCGGGGAAAGUGAACUGCGUCCAGUUCAAUGAGGAAGCCACCAUCAUAGUGUCCGGCUCUAUCGACUCCACCGUCCGGUGCUGGGACUGCCGCUCCCGCCGCCCCGACCCCGUCCAAGUCCUGGAUGAGGCCAAGGAUGGCGUCUCCAGCGUGAAGGUCUCCGAUCACGAGAUCCUCUCGGGCUCUGUGGAUGGCCGUGUCCGACGCUAUGACCUGCGCGCCGGCCAGCUCUACUGCGACUACAUUGGGAGCCCCAUCACCAGCGUGUGCUUCAGCAAGGACGGGCAGUGCACCCUGGCCGCCAGCCUCGACUCUACCCUGCGCCUACUGGACAAGGAGACAGGGGAGCUGCUGGGCGAGUACACGGGCCACCGCAGCACGGCGUACCGGCUGGACUGCGUGCUAAGCGAGCAGGACACCCACGUGGGCAGUGCCUCUGAGGAUGGCAGCGUCUACUUCUGGGACCUCGUGGAGGGCUCGCUGGCGCUCAGCCUGGAGGUGGGCCGCGGCGUGGUGCAGUCACUUGCCUUCCACCCCACCCUGCCCUGCCUGCUCGCCGCCACCGAGGGCCACAUCCAGCUCUGGCGCGAGGAGACCUUCCAGCCCGAGGGGGACAAUACCGCCACGUGACACGGUUUGGGUGGGGGGCACCCGGCAUGCCCAUCCGCAUCCCCCCACUAACAAGGAAUAAACCCCCCCAGUGUGGAGAA